CGUCAGGGAAAAGUGGAACAAGGCGGAGAAAGUGUGUAGUUAGUGCGGAUACCUUGCUAGAAGUGUUGUAACUGAUGACGGUGUAGUGUCGACAGGGAGGUCGAGGCGAAAAGACAAGACGAAAAGUUUAUGGAAUUAUACCCUCUUCACAAUUGCUUACUUUGACAAAACAAGGAUUAUUACGGCCAGAAGACAAGCUGUACGGUGGGCCAUGCAGAGCCAGCCUGUGUGCCUGCAACGGUGAGCUCCAGCACCAGCCAACGUUUUCACCGUGAUGGCAGCAGAGCGGGAUGGGCGGGGGUGUGAGCUGCCCAUCGCCCCGGGCCAGGUGUACAUCGAGGUGGAGUAUGACUACAAUUACAAGUCCAAGGAGCGCCAGGUCUCCAUCCACCAGGGAGAGUGUUACAUGCUGGUGAAAAAGACCAACGGGGACUGGUGGCAGGUCAAGAAGGAGGAGGGGGCCAAGGCCUUCUAUGUCCCAGCGCAGUACGUCAGGGAGGUCCGCAAGGCCCUCAUGCCGCCUCCCAAGCCCCUGCACCUGGGGCAUCACCGUGGGGGGAGCGGGGGGAACCCGGUGCGGGUCAAGCCCAUCGUCCUGGACAUGGGCAGAUCUAACGAGAGCCUGAAUGUGACCAGUUUCAGUCGGCCCUCUCCCUCCUCACCCUCUCCCUCUUCCUCGUCGGGGGCAGCCCUCACCCCUCCGAGGCAGCACAGGGAUGCCAACCAGAACCCUGGUAGAGACCCUGGCAGCCCCACCGACCACGACAGGGCCUUGGUAGAUGUCCUCCAAAACACCCACCCUCACGUUCCUGGACGGGGAUGUAACACGCUGCCCCGUGCCCGUGCAACCUCCCCUGAGCUCCGCAGGGCACCCCUGGACGUGGACAUGCCUCCGGGGCCCUGUGACUCGGAGGGGUCGGAGAGACGCAACGACUCAGAGUCUGGAGAUGAGCUGAGCAGCGGUUCAAGUGAACACUUGCAGGUAAGUGGUGGUGAUGGGAAAGUCAUCUGA